AAUCCAGUGAAGAUCUUCACGUAUUAACGUAACAAUGAUUCAGAUGUCUAUUUUCGUGAUUAUGAUGGCUCUUGCAACAUCCUUUCAUGGUGUGGAAUCAACAUGUGGGAACUGGUAUCUGGAUAAAGAUUUGAGCCACAUGCGAGAGGAAUGUAAAACAAAGCUUCAAAGUCAAUUUGUCUCAGAGUGCAAGAGGAUUGGUGGCAAGUUCACAGAGUUCAAUGUUUGCAACAUUGAAUGUCAGGAAAAGAAGAACAGCCAAGUAAAAUCACAGUACGUGUUUCUAAAUGAUGACCUGCCUUGCGGACAAUAUGGCGAGAAAUGCAAAGGCGGAUUCUGCUCCGGUCCCUGCGACGUACAGUUUUUCAGAACACCAAGACAGAGAAGUGAUGAAGAAAUCAGUCAAAAGAAGACAGAUGCCAAAUGA